AUGGCGCUCAGAACAGUCUACGAGCGAUUCCUGGCCGCCCCGACAGUCGAGGUCCUGAGCCCCGAUGCCUCGUGGAACUACAUCACGACGACCACCUCGGUCACAGGCGGCGAGCAGGUCGUCAAGCACCUCACCAGCCAGCAGAGAAUCGUGAAGAAGAAGGGUGACAAGACGCUCGGCGCCAUCGAGACCGCCGAUGCGCUGGUCCUGGACGUGGAGACAACCCUGGAGUUUCUCACUGGCGGCGGGGCUUAUCUCCCCUCGCUGGACGAUAACUUCCUGGCCGAUCGCGUGGUGACCUUUCCGACGGUGCAUAUUGUUCGCUUCAACUCGCAGAACCAGAUCCAACAGGUCAGGCUUUACUGGGACCAGGCCUCGCUCCUCAAGCAAGUCGAAGUCAUUGGCUCUCGUGCACGCAAUUGGCCAAUUCGCGAUGCCAACGAGCAGUCCAGGUUCAUCUCCAAUGUAGUGCGAGCCACAGCACAGGACACUCUCACGCCUCCGCCGUCCCGGGAGAGCGCUUCCAAGCCCACGGAGAAGAUUGCCGCCCCUUAUGCCCCCGGAUCAGCCAGGCCGCCUCCGCGCGACCCUAGCGAGCUCUUCUUUUCCGAACCUGAGCACGACUCAACGCCUCGGGCUAGCAUCAUCUCGCCCCGAGCCGGUGCAGAUAGACACUACCGGCCAGUGCGCGUAUUUGGCGAUGACGACGGAGACGAGCCCGUCGAAAGCCCCAUCAAACCCAAGAUCGGCUCAAACAAAGGCUUCCAGCCAGUGCGCGUUUUCGACCAGGACGAGGAAGAGGGACCCGAGAAAGCGGUCCAGCAGCCCAAGGCCGGAUCAACCAAGAACUUCCACGCCAUCCGCGUCUUUGAACAGGACGGUGUCGACGGUGCUGCAGCACCCACAAAGCCCGAACUGCGCUACAAGACCCAUCCCCAGAAAUUCAGCCAUUUCAACCUGGGCGAAGAAGGCGAGGACGAAGACUCUCACCAAAACCGUCGUUCACUAGUAGCAGGCCGGCCUUCCCGGCCCAUGUCCCAAUGGAACUUUGAGGAUUUCAACACGCCCGAGAAACCGCGUGGAAAAGUCCGUGCGCAAGACGUGCGACACUUUGGCUGGAGCGAUAAUGAAGACGAACUCAUGGAAACACCCCCCGCGCGUCCACGCGUCGUCCAGCCUCGUCGCGACGCAAAGACACAUCUCAACCUGACCGACAACGCGCUCACAUCCGACGCCGACGCUGAAAUAGCCCCCGUGCCACAAAAGCGCAUGGUCGCCUCCUUUAACAACAACGGUCUAAGCCUCUACAGCAACACCACCCUCUACGACGAAGAAGGGAACCCAACCGCAUUUGAAAAUGAUAAUGACAUUACUACCAACAACAACAACAGCAAAAAGAACCCCCUAGGCAUCGUCCCCAACGACGCCUAUCGCAAAAAGGACUUUGAUCCUCAUUGGGAAGUCCACGACCCUUCCAUCGAGGAACGCCAACAACAGCAACAAGAUGAAGAGCAGAAAACAGAGAAUACCAGACCGAUUAGCAGUGAUCGCGUAAAGGCCGUGCAGAUGAUGACUCCAUCUUGGGAUAUGUAUGACAAGACUCCUGAUGCGAAGAAGAAGGCUACUACCACGACUACCUCGCUGCCGAAACGCGCAAGUCGGGCUGUUUUCCAGCCUAGUUGGAGUCUUGGUGAUGAGUAG